UUAGGGAAAGAAAGCGGAAAAGGCUCGCAAAGCACUGAUUUUUAAAAUGAAUCUUAUUGUGAGAUUUCGGAGAAGCUUUCGAACACUUGUUGUUCUCUUAGCUACAUUUUGCUUAGUGAGCAUCCUCAUUUCUGCCUACUUCCUGUACUCUGGCUACAAACAGGAAAUGACACUUAUUGAAACUACUGCCGAAGCAGAGUGUGCAGACAUCAAAAUCCUCCCUUAUCGGUCCAUAGAGCUGAAAACCGUCAAGCCGAUUGACACAUCCAAAACGGACCCCACUGUCCUCCUGUUUGUAGAGAGCCAGUAUUCUCAACUAGGUCAAGAUAUUAUAGCAAUCUUGGAGUCCAGCCGUUUUCCGUACCAGAUGGUCAUUGCUCCAGGCAAGGGAGACAUACCACCUCUUACCGAUAGUGGCAAAGGGAAGUACACGUUGAUUAUUUAUGAAAAUAUUCUGAAAUAUGUCGGCAUGGACUCAUGGAACCGGGAGCUUUUAGAAAAAUACUGUAUAGAAUACAGUGUUAGCAUAAUUGGUUUUCAUAAAGCCAACGAGAACAGCUUACCAACCACACAACUGAAAGGUUUUCCUUUGAACUUAUUCAAUAAUCUAGCUCUGAAGGACUGCUCUGUGAACCCGCAGUCUCCGCUGCUGCACAUUACCAAAGGCCCUAAGGUUGAAAAGGGUCCUCUUCCUGGGGAAGACUGGACGAUUUUCCUAUAUAACCAUUCUACCUACCAGCCAGUGCUUUUAACCGAGUUACAGACAGAGAAGCCCCUCCCUUUCUCGUCCAGCAAAACACUUUAUGCCACAAUAAUUCAGGACUUGGGGCUUCAUGAUGGCAUCCAGCGAGUUCUUUUUGGCAACAACUUAAACUUUUGGCUGCACAAGCUCAUCUUCAUAGACGCCAUCUCCUUCCUGUCAGGGAAGAGGCUGACAUUGUCCUUAGACAGAUACAUCCUUGUGGACAUCGAUGACAUAUUUGUGGGAAAGGAGGGAACGAGGAUGAACGUCAAAGAUGUGAAGGCAUUACUAGAGACUCAAAAUUUUCUGCGCACUCAGGUUGCAAAUUUUACCUUCAACCUUGGAUUUUCAGGGAAGUUUUACCACACAGGGACUGAAGAGGAAGAUAAAGGAGAUGACCUUCUGUUGGGGUCUGUGGACGAGUUCUGGUGGUUCCCUCACAUGUGGAGCCACAUGCAGCCCCACCUCUUCCACAAUGAGUCCUCUCUAGUCGAGCAGAUGAUUCUCAACAAAGAAUUUGCCCUGGAACAUGGAAUACCGACCAACCUGGGCUAUGCGGUGGCCCCACAUCACUCAGGGGUCUACCCGGUCCAUAUUCAGCUGUAUGCAGCUUGGAAGAAGGUCUGGGGUAUUCAGGUCACCAGCACUGAAGAGUAUCCACAUCUGAAACCUGCAAGAUACAGGAAGGGCUUCAUUCACAAUAGCAUCAUGGUCCUCCCUCGGCAGACCUGUGGGCUGUUCACACAUACUAUUUUCUACAAGGAAUAUCCAGGAGGACCCCAGGAAUUGGAUAAAAGUAUCAAAGGAGGUGAACUUUUCCUCACAAUCCUUCUAAACCCAAUCAGCAUUUUCAUGACACAUCUAUCUAACUAUGGGAAUGACCGCCUUGGCUUAUACACCUUUGUGAACUUGGCCAACUUUGUGCACAGCUGGACCAACUUGAAACUGCAGACCCUGCCUCCAGUACAACUGGCCCACAAGUACUUUGAGCUCUUCCCUGAGCAGAAAGACCCUCUCUGGCAGAAUCCAUGUGAUGAUAAACGGCACAAAGACAUCUGGUCCAGGGAGAAAACUUGUGACCAUUUACCAAAGUUCCUUGUAAUUGGGCCUCAGAAAACAGGAACAACUGCACUUUAUUUAUUUCUCCUUAUGCACCCUUCCAUCAUCAGCAAUCUCCCUAGCCCAAAAACCUUUGAAGAAGUUCAAUUUUUUAAUGGCAACAACUAUCACAAGGGAAUUGAGUGGUAUAUGGACUUUUUCCCUACUCCUUCCAACAUUACCAGUGAUUUCCUAUUUGAAAAGAGUGCUAACUACUUUCACUCAGAAGAGGCUCCCAAGAGAGCUGCAUCUCUUGUUCCCAAAGCCAAGAUCAUUACUAUCCUCAUUGACCCCUCGGACAGGGCAUAUUCUUGGUACCAGCACCAACGAUCCCAUGAAGAUCCAGCUGCCCUGAGGUUCAAUUUCUAUGAAGUUAUCUCAACAGGACAUUGGGCCCCACCAGAUUUAAAAACCUUGCAGAGGAGAUGUCUGAUACCUGGAUGGUACGCAGUACACAUAGAAAGAUGGCUGACCUACUUUGCUACUUCCCAGUUGCUAAUUAUUGAUGGACAACAGCUGAGAUCUGACCCAGCUACUGUGAUGGAUGAAGUCCAGAAGUUUCUAGGAGUUACACCUCAUUAUAAUUACUCUGAAGCACUAACGUUUGAUCCCCAAAAGGGCUUUUGGUGUCAACUACUAGAAGGAGGAAAGACCAAAUGCCUUGGGAAGAGCAAAGGCCGAAAAUACCCACCCAUGGAUCCAGAGUCCAGAAACUUCCUCUCCAAUUACUACCGGGACCACAACGUGGAACUCUCGAAGCUGCUGCACAGGUUAGGGCAGCCUCUGCCCUCCUGGCUGAGACAGGAACUGCAGAAAGUGAGAUAGCACCAGCGAAGAGGACAUGGCACCGAGUCACCAUUAAGUAGAAAAGGCGAACGGCACGGCUUUAUCCUUUUCAUACGCUUGUGAUUGUCAAGAGAGGACUGUGAAUAAAUCCCCUUCAGUGUUUUCCAUAAAAUGAAAACAUAUGC